AGAAAAAGAAGAAAACCGGGAAAUACAACAAUGCCUAUCAAGACAACAAGAAAAAAGAGCAGGACAGAUAAAUUGUAUAACUGAGGUUUAUUUGCAUAUGUUAAUUAUGAAGACGAUGUCCUACGCAAAGAACAACGUGACAGAAAGAAGACUAUAGAAAAUGUUCAGGAAUGAUUUAUAUUAAUGCCCCGCAAAGCCAUAAAGGCGGAUAAGCCUGCCCUGCAAUUUAUCGAACGGCCUGUAGGAGGAAGCAAACUUCAACAUGCGCCUGAAGUCCGAGCUGCAGUCAACCCCAAGGGAUUUAUUCCGGAGUCACUAACACAUAACAGCUCAGAUCUUAAUUCGUGGGUAAACCCACAGUUUGACUGCUCAUCUGCAGCUGCACCUCCAAAGAGACGAGGGAGGAGAAACGGGCAGAAAACCUCAAGUUUACUUGACCGAUGUAGUCAGUUGUCCAGAAAAAACAACACACGCAAAUACCCCUCAUUGUCAUUUUGCAUUCGGUUAAAGGACCAGUCUCAGAAACAGUCAAGGACCACAACCACAACAAAAGGUGCAGUAUCAAAAGUCAAAAGUCAGCCUCCUGCAUCCGUUUGCCACAGCAAAACGACUGCAAAUUCGGCUUACUCAGACAGUCCAAAAAGGCAGUUGGUCACAGCUGGAAAAAGGAAUGCUGAAGCAUGUCCUGAUGGCACUGCCUCCCACAGUAGAAGUUUGGAUAAGCUUGGAAUUCAAUCUAAAGAAGUGACAAGUAGAUGCAGAAUUCCAGCAGAGGGAGCUUCAAUACCUACCUCCACCAAGUUGAUAACCACAGAAGUCAACAGUGUUUGCCCACCACCUGAUGUGGACACUACGGAAAGGAUGUGGGAAGAGGUAAACCGUUCCUCUUCUUCCCCUAGAUUUUUACUGUUUGCUCAGCCAUGUACAUCACCAUGCAGCGGCCCACCUGAAACCUUGGUGGCUGACACACCACAGAGGGACUAUGGGGUGAAGGUGACAUGGAGGAGGAGAAAAGGGCUGAUGUUGAUGUUAAAAGAAAGGGGACUCCUUUCUGACUCAGAUGUACUAAUUCAUUGAUAAAUUUUUUUGUCAUUUUUUUAAUACAUUCUGAUUUAUUGUAUAGAUUACUGUUGUAUAUUACUGUAAUAAAUCAAGAUAAAGCAUACUCUUAUUUUACAAACUGCAAAAUACACACAGCACUGAUUAAAUCUAUUAUCUACAUAUAACUAUGUUUACUUUCACAUUUUACUGUCAAAUAUACCAAUAUUUUGCCCACUCCAAA